AUGCCUUUUUCCGAGUACUUUACGAGUCCUACAUCCCUCUACAAUCGACAGAUUCUCAGCGGACUGGUCUCUCGUGACCAGAUACCCUUAGCCAACGAUGCCUUGCAGAUUCUCAAGAAGGCCGCUCCUCAUUCUGGCCACCCGAACUUCGCACACCUUACCCUCCUUGUUUUCGAAGCCGUGUUGGAAGUGGUGUGCGUUAGUUUACCGGGAUACAUUGUGGCGAGACAAGGCAUGUUCGAUGCGGAGGGGCAGAAGUUGAUGGCCAAUCUGAACGUCAUGCUGUUUACUCCGUGCCUAAUCUUCACCAAACUGGCGUCACAGCUCACGGCGGAGAAGCUGGUAGAUUUAGCCAUCAUCCCGGCAAUCUUUGUCGUUCAAACCUUGGUAUCAUACCUGUGCGCCUGGAGCAUUGGGAAAGUCAUGAAGUUCAAAAAGAGACAGGCCAACUUUGUGAUUGCCAUGGGGGUGUUUGGCAACUCCAACUCGUUGCCCAUUUCGCUGGUCUUAUCCUUGUCUAAAACACUCAAGGGGCUACAUUGGGAUAAAGUCCCCAAUGACAAUGACGAGGAGGUUGGAGCUCGAGGUAUUCUUUACCUGCUCAUAUUCCAGCAGUUGGGUCAACUUCUUCGCUGGAGUUGGGGCUAUAAUGUCCUGCUUGCGCCACCAGACAGCUACACCGAAGCAGAAGGUGGGACAAAGAAGGAAGACCGCGUUGAACGGGGACGAGGAGAAUAUCGCGAAUAUAGCGACGAUGACCGCGAGAACCGUCGGCUUUUGAGCCCCAGUUAUGACGGAAUUAGAGAUAUGAGCGAGGAUUUUGAGUACUAUGAUGGAUAUGAAGUCGAGGACGACGACGAGACUCGGAUAGGCACUGAAUCGCCUACCACAGCGAAGUCGGAUGGUCUCAAAACCCCUCGUACUCCGCACAACAGGUCAUCUAGAAAUUCUCCCAACCGGCAGCCGAAUGGCACUGCUCACGAGACACCGGAUCUCCUGUCCACUCCUACCAAUGGGAUGGUGCAGCCUCAUCACAACCCCGACUAUCCUGCCUGGCUGGAAUACCCCGACAAUAAAAAGUACGAUGAGGAUUGCGGAGGCCUCCAAGGACACAUCAAUCGAGGAAGAAACGUGGUACGAUAUCAACUCUUGAAGAUCGGGCAUGCGAUUCGGAUGAGGUCUAGGCGGGCCUUUGACUCUCUUCCCAAGCCGGCGCAAAAAACCAUGUCAUACACCGCGUUCAAGACUAGAGCUUUCCUGGCGGGCGUGUGGGAAUUUAUGAACCCUCCGUUGUGGUCGAUGUUGGCUGCCAUAAUAGUUGCGUCUGUGCCCUACCUACAGCAUCUCUUCUUCGAUAAAGGGACUUUCCUCGCAAAUUCCGCCACACGAGCAGUGCAACAAAGUGGUGCUGUCGCGGUGCCCCUGAUUCUGGUGGUGCUUGGAGGGAACCUUGCCAGAAACACUAUCCCGAAGAAUCAACCAGGAGAUAUCACGGAUCCGAAGGAAGAGAGCAGGCUUCUGUAUGCUUCAUUGCUGGCGCGUAUGGUGUUCCCGACGCUUUUGAUGGCACCUUUUCUCGCACUGGUCGCCAAAUACGUCCCAGUCAGCAUUGUCGACGACAAGAUUUUUAUCGUGGUUGCUUUUCUCCUCACUGGGGCUCCAUCUGCUCUCCAGCUGAGCGCCAUCACACAAACAAACAACGUGUAUCCCACGGUCAUGUCAAACAUUCUCUUUCAAAGCUAUGUGGUUUGGAUUUUGCCAUCCACACUAAUUCUGGUACUUCUAGCUCUGGAAACGGUGGAGUGGGCUACCAAUUGA